AUGAACAACCAACAAACAGGCAUGGCGGCGCCUGCUCAUGCUAGGUACCGCUAUCCGAAGAAACCGUACCACCUUCCCUACCAGAUUAAGUACCUCAAGCUGGCAAUUCGAAUCUUCAACUCGGACAUUCACGACAUUCUCUUGUCCCGACAAGAGAAGACCAUGGUCAUUGAUGACCUCUCCAAAGAAUUGACGAACAGCGAGAAGAGAGGACCAUCCGGAGAUUGCCACAAUAACCGCACAGUCUCAUUAGCACGACGCAUGCAGAAAGGAGACAGGGCCGUUGUGAAAUGGCAGGUGUGCUCUGCCAUCCUGAGGUUCCAGAUGAGCCUUCCCGAAACCUGGCUGGAUCAUCCAACUUUCAGACAGUGCUAUGCGGGGGCGAGCUACCUCAUAAAUUGCAUCACUGGCGUGAACACCUACUCACAGGAGGGGUUGCAGAGAGCGAUAUAUGGUGCUCAGUCUGCCGGGCCUCAACAUAACGACAACUCUAGAAAUGAGGAUGAUGAUGCGCGAACAGGUUCUCGGCCAAGUCUUGGAAAAGCAAUUGGGCCGAGGCAGGCCGUUCAAGACGACUCUCGAAAGAGAAAGGCGCCGGAGACUUCCUCUUGGUCUGCUAAAUCUAGCGGUUGUACGGCGUCGGGAAGACAAACAUUCGUCACGCAUGGUCCAAGGCAGAAGAAAAGACGCGCAGAGAGGGAUGCAUCAACCGCCACACUCCAAGGCCACGUUGAGGUCAUCGAAAUCAACUCGGAAGACGAAGACGUCAAGCCAGCGAUCAAGAGACCACGCGAAGACGCCCAUCAUGGUCGCCAAGAGAACACUGAUCCUGAUGUCAAUAACGAAAUUGGUCAGAUCAAUACUGCUGAGGCUCAGCAGGACAUCGAACGACAAGUCGUCACAGAGACCAACGCCGCCGAAGUGCAAAAGACAAUCACGGAGCUGCGCAGAACCAUGCACUUCUUGCCAAACAUAGCGAUCAGCAAAAACAAGAUCUUCCGGAAAGACAUACUGCAUUCUUUCAUUGCCACGAUCCAGUCCAAAGGCUGGAACGAUCUCGUACAGUGUGCCAGCGAGCUGGUCAUUGCUGAAGGAGCAGAUUAUCGAGAGUUUUUGGCGGAAGAGUUGCGGGAGAAGCUCACGGAGCGCGUCAACAAGCUGAACGCAUGA